UUGAAUGUAAAUAUAAUACACAUGUGUUUAGUGUUUAGGAAAAUGAUCACCAAAUCAAUUGAUCCAUCAAUUGAUUGAUUGAUUGAAUCAAUUCAAUUGAGAUACACAUUGAGAAACCUGAUGAUGAAAAAGUGUUUUUCCGCCGCUAUUAAAGUGGCCAACAGUUCGCGGCUAUGCUUUUCGACUGUCGCGGCGGCGGCGGCGGCCACCAAUCGGUGUCAUCAAUUAGUGGCCAUCAAUUGUCAUCAUCAUCAUCAUCAUAGACACCAAUGCUGCCAUCACAAUCAGCGAAGAUACUAUCACWAYAAUGUUGAUCMUGUCGGUCGGAGGAUACCAYCGUCAAUGGACACCAAUAAUGAUCAUCGCCGAAACCGUCCCACACACGGCCAGCAGCAGCAGCAGCGGUCACCGCCGCCAAUCAUUACUCCUUACGACCGMAUGUUUCCGUGGACAUCGAGCCUAGAGUUUGCCCGCAGUAUCUACGAAAAUAUUGUYUACUUUGACGGCCAUUUGUUGGCCAUCGACAAGCCGUGGGGUGUCGGCAUACAUCGCGUCARCGGAGCCAAUGUGACCAAUAAGUCCGGACGCCAUGAGUUGGACAUUCAAGUAAAAGGUUCGCCAAACUAUUGUCUGACCGAUGCGUUAGAUCUGUUGARACAACUAUUGGACUGCAAAAAGUUGAACUUCGUUAAGACYAUCGACCGGAAUAUGUCGGGCAUUGUAUUGUUGGCCACCGACGAMAUGACUGUCAAUCGGGCUCAGCGAGCGUUACGCCGAUCGACUUCCAUGGAGGCGCCGGCCAUGCGAUUCCUAUGURUUACCAGCGGCUGGCCAACAGUCAGCAACGGUGGCAAAACGUUUCGGGAACGGGUAGGCAUCAAACUGGUCGAACUCGAUGAACUGGGCGAUCACAAACACCCGACAAUUAUAUCGGCUGCACAGUUGACUAACUCUAUGCGCCGMCGUCAYGAWCCGCAAUCUGAUGGUAUGGWAGUCAAGCCGGCACUGGUCGAACUGAGGACAGUCGACAUUAACAAAUCAUUGGGCGUAGGAGCCGUCGAAUUGGCCACCAAUGUACUAAAAUAUGGUUUUAUUAGUUGCUAUUUGGCCAAUAAGGCAUCGUUUGUUUUAGGUGACACUCGUUUCGCCCAUCAAGUCAAGCACGUACUGGGAAUGUCCACUGCCAUCAGUCACAAACAGGUAAACUUCUUUGACACUGUGGAACCAUUGUCUGAGAAACUGUGCCGACAGUUGUCGGUCAGUGCCAAUGGUCAGAUACCGGUGCUUAUACACCAUAACCAAUUGGAACUACCCAUGUAUUUGAGUCGAAAACAAAAUGAAAAACAAAAUUUGGUUAUCCAGUGUCCGAAACUACCCGAUUAUUUUCAAUGGACACUCGACCGAUUAAACUUGAAGGUACCGUUACCGCCGCCGCCUACCUGUCCUCCUCAGCGACCGCUAGAUGCCUUAACCUCUACUACUACUACUACUACUACUACUACUACUACUACUACUACUACUACUAGCGAUACUAAUAAUAGUAAUAAUAAUAAUAGUGACACUAAUGGUUAA